ACUGAAAGGAACUCAUCUUGAAGCAAACAGGGCCUUAACUGGUGCAUUGCAUUAUUAUUAGUCUUGGAUCUUCUCUCCUAUCUCUUCUUCUUCUUUCUUCGUGCCUCCCCGCCUAAUCGCCGAAUCUGAUAACUUCCGCGUUCUUCACGUCUACGCUUCCAGGCAAAAGUUUUAGGUUGAAGUUGUUGGUCGUGCUGGUGGUGGUUCGAUGGCAUCGAAGCGGAUCUUGAAGGAGCUUAAGGAUCUGCAGAAAGAUCCUCCUACAUCUUGCAGUGCAGGUCCUGUUGCUGAGGACAUGUUCCAUUGGCAAGCAACCAUCAUGGGGCCCAGUGAUAGUCCUUAUGCUGGAGGCGUGUUUCUGGUCUCUAUUCAUUUCCCACCUGACUAUCCAUUUAAGCCUCCCAAGGUUGCUUUCAGAACCAAGGUUUUUCACCCAAACAUCAACAGCAAUGGAAGUAUCUGUCUUGAUAUCUUGAAGGAACAGUGGAGCCCAGCAUUAACCAUAUCUAAGGUUCUGUUGUCAAUAUGUUCCCUGUUGACGGACCCGAACCCAGAUGACCCUCUUGUACCGGAGAUAGCUCAUAUGUACAAGACUGACAGGACCAAGUACGAAGCCAGUGCACGUAGCUGGACCCAAAAAUAUGCCAUGGGUUGAUUGAUGUCUUGAUGAAUUAUGGUUAUGAUGAUAUCUUUAGAGAAGAACCUUCAUGGCUCUUUCCUGGUCUGUUAACUUCAUCCCUAUUUUCUGUCCUUUUCUGCUAUUAUUAUAAUAAUAAUAAUAAUACUAUUAAUAAGAAGAAGAAAGAAGAAACAUUUUGGAUGGAAGGAAAGGAAAAUUCAAAGGAAAGAACUCUGUUGUUUCUCUUA